UGGGUGUUUACGAAUUGGAAUUCAACCGUCGUUCGCGCAAUUCUCCGUCGCGGCUGGCAGUCAUUCAGUUGUUUUCGAGUCGUCGCGUGGUUUGUAGUGAAGAAGUUCUGAAUAAAUUAUCAAAGUGGAGCGUGGGUUGUGAAAUAAUCACAUUCAGUGCGAAGUGCUUUCUGUCCGUCCUUGGCCUACAUUAGAUAUGUCAAGGUUGAUCCCCGCCUGCCCUUUAAUCGAAAGUUUUAAUUGCUCAGUUGAUAAUUGUAACCGCCGCUGCCUUUUUACGUUGUGAAGAAGCUCAACAUUCGCUACGUUCCUAUGAAAAGCGUCCUAGCUCCGCGCGCGACUAUCAUUUUCGGCAAUUGACUCGGGAAUUUGAGACACGCGACCGGGGUCUCAAGUGCCAAUUACACCCCCUCAGCCGGCGUCCAGGCUAGUCGCUCGAUUAAACCUUCAUUGCCGCCUCUAAUUCUUGACGGCAAUAAAUCAAUUGUCCACGUAAAAAGUGUUUGGCUGCAUUUAAGCUGUUUGUAAUCGUUUGUGAAUUUAUGCGGUGUCCACGAGAUUAACUCGUUAUUGGCCGGGGUUUCUAGGUGGUCAGUGUUUGCGGUGAGGGGUUGAGGAGGUCGAGUAGUCACCGACAUUCUCUAGGCAGUUCUUUGAUGUGGCGCCAGAAUGGCCAAUGAUUCAGAGACGCAAGGCAGGAGCAGGAGGCGUAAAGGGGUUGGUUGCCAGAGGCUGUCGAUGCGGGCCUCUGAUGCCAUUGCCGAGAGGUUCUACAAGAUAGGGCUCGUUGUUGCAUUGCAUCCAUGGAACACAAUAAUUGUGGUGCUACUGCUCGUUAGUGCAUGCUGUGUGGGACUGAUAAGAUUCGAAAUAGAAAAAGAUCCAUUGAAGUUAUGGGUACCGCCAGACUCAAAAUAUCUCGAAACCACGCGUUACAUCCUCAAACACAUUGGCGUAGGUAUCCGAAUGCAGAACGUCCUGAUUGUGGCGCCCAAUGUCCUCGAGCCACGAAUUUUAAAAAGGCUCGUGCGACUGCGAAAUGAAGUUAUUGCAACAAACGGGACGAACAGCACGGGAUCCGUAGUUCAAUGGGAUGAUGUCUGCAUAAAGAUACCAUACGUAGCGAAUGCUGCCGUACCAUUAAAGGAUCGUAGACGACGGGCAAUUACCAGUAACUCAACUACCUCAAUCUUCAACGAUGACGAUUUCGCUGAUAUGUUCGGGGAGACCGAAAAAGAGGUGGAAACAAACUCUGACUUUGACCCAAGCAUGGAUGUGAAUCCGGCGGUCUAUUGCAAGUUUCUGAAUAGUUUGAGGAAAGGAUGUUAUGAAAGGAAUAUCUUGGAUAUUUGGAAAUAUGAUGAGGAUUGGAUUGGACGAUUGUCUUUGGAUGAUGUGAUUGGGUACCUGAAAAAUACUACACAUAGUCCGAUAAGUGGACAUGAGAUGGACUACAGUGAAAUGCUGGGUGGUGUGACGAAGAAUAUUUUCGGUCAUAUAACGGCCGCUAAAGCCUUACUGAUGCAAUGGCCUACCAAAGUCAACUAUUCUGAAGCGGAUUCAAAGAAAACUGGAAAUUUAGCUGGAACAGAAUCAUGGGUAACAUUAGACGGUCUAGCCUGGGAGGAUGGCUUUUUGAAAACAAUGAACCUUCUUCGAGACCAAAUCGAAGACAACGAGACCAAAGUUUAUUUUGAAGCUGCUAAAAGCUUUGGAGAUAUCAGCGAGGCAACAAUGUUUCAAGACACCGAUAAGCUCAUCAUAGGAAUCAGCGUCAUGUUUAUCUACAUCCAAGUGGUGCUUUCAAAGUUCAGUUGGGUUGAAUUGCGGAUAUCACUUGGAAGUGUUGCAUUGCUUUCGGUGGGUUUAGCUUUUAUCUCGGCCUGUGGUAUCUGCUCAAUUUUGGGGAUUUCUUAUGGCCCUGUUCAUGCAUCACUGCCUUUCUUACUAAUGGGCCUCGGAGUGGAUGAUCUGUUUGUUAUGAUGGCUUGCUGGCGUGAAGUGAAAGAUAAGAACUUGUCGAUUGAACAGCGUAUUGCGUUGAUGUUGAAACAUGCUGGAGCUUCAAUAACGGUGACGUCGUUUACAGACGUUAUUGCAUUUUUGGUGGGAGCUUUUACGAUACUGCCGUCGUUACAAUCGUUUUGCUUAUAUGCUGCUGUUGGCGUUUUCAUGACUUACGUCUAUGCCUUGACCUUCCUAAUUGCAUUUUUUACUCUCGACGAAUAUCGGAUCAACGCCAGGCGAAAUGGUGUUCUUCCUUGCAUUGUUCAUAGCGAGGAGAAAACCGAGAUCUGUUGUGAAUUGAAUCUUAUGCAAAAAGCAAUAGAUAAAUUCUAUCGGAAAUUUGUCUUGACGAAACCUGGAAAGGCGAUAAUAAUAAUGACUGUGAUAGGCAUUUCGGGUUACAGUCUCGAGGGCCUUUUAAAGUUAGAGCAAAAAUUCGAUAAAGAUUGGUUUAUUCCUAAGGGAACGUACCUGCAGGACUACAUACACAAUUUGAAGAAAUAUUUCCCGGAUUCUGGAUACGACGGAUUCGUGUUCACCGGCCAAUUGAACUACACCGAAAGCCUGUCAAAAAUCUAUUCACUAGUAGAGGAUAUGGAAGAAAGGGAUCACAUAUUCUAUGAUGUAAAAUCCUGGAUUAAACCUUUCCACGCAUUCGUCAAAAAGUAUUGUCGCAAAGACUUCACCACCGAGAAACUAAGUGACUACGAAUGGCGUUUUUAUUUAUCGAAAUUCCUUCAUGGCCCAUCUGGCGGAAAGUAUCAAGCAAAUUUUCGAUUUAAAAGUGAUUUGAAAUGUGGAGAACCCGCGCCAAAUAUUACGAUGGCUUGGAUUGAUUUCCAAUUUGUUCAGUUUGAUCGUCGUGAUAUUUACGUUCCGGCCAUGCAUCAAAUUGAAGAAAUGAUUGGAAUGAAGAACUUGACAUCGGGUGAUGGGUUUUCAGGAGUUUGGGCAAGGAUAUUUGCUAAUUGGAUAACUGACGAGGUAAUCGACGUAGAAGUAAUUCGAAACAUAUUGCUCGCGCUACUUUGUGUUAUGAUUUGUACAUUUGUGGUUAUAAUAGACAUACAGACGUGUUUCUGGAUAUUCGUUUGCGUUCUUUUAACUCUGGUAAAUGUUUGUGGCUUCAUGCAACGCUGGGGCCUAACCGUAGACCUGGUCUUCUGUAUAGGUUUGGAGCUUGCAGCAGGUCUGUGUGUAGAUUAUGCUGCACACAUAGGUCACACGUUCUUAACAUACUCCGACGGAGAUCGCAACAAGCGAGCGUUGGACACAGUGAAUCAUAUUGCAGCUGCUGUCCUAUAUGGCGGCGGUUCAACGUUCUUAUCCUUUAGUAUGAUGGCAGGAUCAGAAGCAUACACAUUUCAGACAUUUUUCAAGAUUUUCUUCUUGGUCAUAGUAUUCGGUCUAUUUCACGGGGUUGUAUUUUUACCAGUAAUUUUAAGUUUAGUUGGUCCAGGGCCAUAUAAGAGUAAAUCAAUGGAUGACGUACGAGGGGAUGACUUUGGAGUGGAACUACAACCGAUUAGUGCAAAUGGCAAGGAGACUGUGACCCGGAGUAACAUCACAAACGCACAAGACGCAAUUGAUGAUUGUGAAAUUGUUAAGCUAAGUACGUAGAGUUUUAUUUAAAUGAUUGCUUAGAGGUAGGCUCGCGUGAAACUAUUUUUUACAAAGUUAUAGUUAUACUGUAUGUUUUUUAAUAUUUAAUGCACUGCUCGAUUAGUGAGUGAUACUGUUUUGGAAGAGAAUAAACUCUUUCUACUAUUGCAGAAGUGUUAA